AGACGUUAAUGUGACGGGUGUAGUGAUCACACGCCAUGGAGGUCUGCCGGAGGUCCUCGUGGCUUUUGCUGCUUCUUGGAGUUUCGCUCCUCGCCACUACCUUGCAGGGUGUGCAAGGUGAGGCAGAGUCAGAAGGCCCUUCCGAAUCGGAAUGCCGGCCUUACAUCGAGAAAGCUCUCAAAGAGCUUGAAACAGGUGAAACGGCCGGUACAACAGGAACUCCAGAAUCCGGGGACAGUAAAGAAGAUACUCCUCCUGUAGUUGAAGUCACUACCGACGACUCCGAUCACCAUGAAGGUGAAGGAGAUGACGAUACUCACGAAGAAGGAACUAGCAUCGAAAGCGUCGAAGCCGAACAACAAUCUGAACAAGAGGACACUCAAGAACACGCAAGUGUUGAAGAAACUGAUAAGGAGACGACUGAAGAAGAAACUCAAGGUGAAACUGUAGAAGAAGAAAAAGCUGAAUCGGUUGAAACUACAGAAACUCAAAGUGUAGAAGAAGAAAGAGCUGAAUCUAAUGAAACUGCAGAAGGGCACGAAAGUGUAGAAGAAGAAAAGGCUAAAUCUGUUGAAACCGCAGAAGGGCAUGACAGUGUGGAAGAAGAAAAGGCUGAAACUGCUGAAACCGCAGAAGGGCAUGACAUUGUAGAAGAAGAAAAGGCUGAAAGUGCUGAAACCGCAGAAGGGCAUGACAGUGUAGAAGAAGAAAAGGCUGAAACUGCCGAAACCGCAGAAGACAGUGUUGAAGAAGAAAAGGCUGAAACUGUUGAAACCACAGAAGGGCAUGAAAGUGUAGAAGACGACAAAGCUGAAUCUACUGAAACUAUAGAAGAAAAAGUAGAGUCGUUUGAAGAAACUGAGCAACAAGAAGCUGGUGAAACUGAAAGUGUGGAAGAUGAUAAAAUCGAAACCAAAGAAGAUGAGAACGACACUAAGGAAGAAACCAAAGAAGAUGAUAAAAGCGAUACUAAAAGUGACGUCACCGAGGAUAAUAAAAGUGCCUCUCAAGAGGAACAAGGCGGUAGUACAGAAGCUGAAACAACUGGAGGUCUUGAUGAAAGAAGUGCAGAAAAAGACGACAGUACUCCUGACGAAACUAAAGAAGAAAGCAAAGAAGAUGAGGCAGCAGAAAACGUAACUGAGGAGACGGAAGAAGAAGGCGAUUCGGCCCCCGAAGAAGAGCUGUCGCUCGAUAUCGAAAUUCCGAGCGAAUUAAGAGAUAGAAAUCAUGUCGAACAUUUGUUGAAAUUGGACGAUGAGUCGUCCGAAACCGAAGAGAUUAUCAAUCGCGUGGCGGAGAUAACCCUUCGGGAAUUGAAGAAAUUGUACGAGAAUGCGAUAAAACCGUUGGAGGUUUUGUACAAGUAUCGCGAUUUGAGUAAUCGCCAUUUCGGCGAUGCUGAAAUUUUUUCAAAGCCAUUGAUACUGUUUAUGGGACCGUGGAGUGGUGGCAAAUCGUCGAUUAUUAAUUAUUUGCUUGACAAUGAAUAUAAUGAAACUUCGCUAAGGACAGGAGCUGAGCCGUCUCCUGCCUAUUUCAACAUUUUGAUGUACGGUGAAGAGCCAGAAAUUUGGGAUGGGACUCAAUUAGCCGCCGACUUUACAUUUUCUGGUUUGCAAAAAUUUGGACAAGGUUUAGAAGAGCGACUUCGUGGUGUGAGACUGCCAAGCAAACUAUUAGAAAAAGUCAAUAUAGUUGAAAUUCCGGGAAUUUUAGAAGUACGCAAACAAGUUUCACGCGUAUUUCCCUUCAAUGACGCCUGCCAAUGGUUUAUUGACAGAGCCGACAUUAUAUUUUUAGUAUACGAUCCUUCAAAAUUAGACGUUGGACCUGAAACUGAAGCUAUUCUCGACCAAUUAAAGGGCAGAGAGCAUCAGACACGCAUCAUUUUGAAUAAAGCCGACCAGGUCAAACCUGAGGAAUUGAUGAGGGUCCAAGGAGCCCUAAUUUGGAACAUUUCUCCUCUUAUGUCAUCCCCUCAGCCCCCCGUCAUGUACACCACCUCGCUGUGGUCCCGACCUUACGAAUCCUGGGCCCCUGUCCGACUCCUCCAAGCCCAAGAACGCGCGUUUUUGCGCGAUUUGCGCACAGCUGUUGAAAAACGCAUCGAGAAUAAAAUCGCCAGCGCACGUAGAUUUGCGGUUCGUGUGCGCAACCACGCCAAGAUGGUGGACUGCUACUUGACGACUUAUUACAACCACAAGUCGGUUUUCGGUAACCGGAAACAGGUCGCCGAUGAGAUAAUUGAGCACCCCCAGGAUUACCACAUCUACGAAGGACUUUCGACUCUUACAAACAUCUCGCGUUAUGACUUGCCGGAUCCUGACGUGUAUAGAGAUUUCUUCAAGUUGAAUCCGUUAUACGACUUCCAGCAACUCUCGGCGACGUGCACCUAUUUCAGAGGGUGUCCUAUUAAUAGGCUGGAUGUGGCAAUCGCCUACGAUCUCCCUGAAUUAGUCGGAAAACACAAGCGAAUGGUGGAAAGCGCUUUGGCUGAAGCCAAUCAAACGCCAGUACCGGGCAGUUGAACGCUCGCCAAGGACCAAGUUUUCAGCCCUUGAGCAGAAUUCUCUGCAAGUUAAAGACUCCGACGCUAAAAUAGCGUCACGUGUGUCGCAAUUCGUCUUCAUGGACUGAUAUGUGAAGUGCACGGACAAUAGUCAGCCACGCUUAUAAAUAGUCUCCUGCCAUGUGUGUUGAUCGCAUUUAAGAGUUCUUGCAAUCGGAGUGUUCAUUCAGAAAUCGAUUUCAAAAGAGAGUGGGUUAUAUGUAUUUUUUGACACCAGAUGUACAAUUCCUUACCAGCUUUACUAAAUUAAAGUGUUUCUAAUUGUAGUAAUGUGUAUAUUAUUUAUGUACAAAUAAUCGAAUUUGUAGUAAAUAACUUAGUUUUUAUUUUCUCAUCUCUUUUUUUUUCAAGCAAAAAUAUAUAACAAUUGUAAGAAGACAUAGGUUAAGUACUUAAAUAAAACAAUAUAUUUUCA